AUGAGCUCAACACCCUUCCAACCACCAAGCCCAGUUCCUCCCCGGACAAGCUCAGCAAAUGCAACAAAUGGCAACGGGAGCCCCUCCCACCGACACAAGCUGUCGAUAAUGGACGAAGAACCGACAAAAACCGGACAUCGUCGCAACAAGUCCAGCGUGGACGGCACCAAGUACAAGGACGGUACAUGGUCAUCGAAGAAUGAUAAGAUCCUCAUGGGCCCAUACGACUAUGUGCACGAACAUCCAGGGAAAGACAUACGGCGACAACUGAUCCACGCCUUCAACGCCUGGCUGCAGGUCCCGCCGGCAAGCCUGGCGAUCAUCACCAAAGUCGUAACGAUGCUGCAUACAUCAUCGCUGUUAAUCGAUGACGUUGAAGACAACUCCGUCCUCCGCCGCGGCAUUCCCGUCGCACACAACAUCUUCGGAACAGCGCAAACAAUCAACUCCGCAAAUUACGUGUACUUCCUCGCAUUGCAAGAAGUACAGCAGCUAAACAACCCAACCGCGAUCGACAUCUACGUGCAGGAGAUGCUGAAUCUGCACCGAGGUCAGGGCAUGGACCUCUUCUGGCGAGACACCCUGACUUGCCCGACGGAGGACGAGUACCUAGAAAUGGUCGGGAACAAAACAGGCGGGCUCUUCCGUCUGGCAGUGAAACUCAUGCAGGCGGAGAGCACAACGGGCAAGGACUGCGUUGCCUUGGUUAAUGUCAUGGGUCUGAUUUUCCAGAUCUGCGACGAUUACCUCAACCUCUCGAAUACGGUGUACACGGAGAAUAAAGGGUUCUGUGAGGAUCUCACCGAGGGCAAAUUCUCAUUCCCGAUUAUUCAUAGCAUUCGCUCCAACCCGUCCAAUCACCAGCUGAUCAACAUUCUGAAGCAAAAUACAAAGGAUGUGGAGGUCAAGCGCUAUGCGGUGCAGUAUAUGAAGAAUACGGGCAGCUUUGCGCAUACCAGUCGGGUGGUCGCGGAUCUGCGCGACCAGGCGUUCGCGUUGAUUGAGGUGAUUGAUGCCACACCGAAGAUUAAUGGAGCUGGUGAUGGGCAGAUGGUGCGUGCUAUUGUGGAAAAGAUUGUGGAGUCGACACUGUCCGAUCCAAAUGCGCGCUAG